CGGAGCAGCCGGGGCAGCCGCGCGUGAGCAGCCGUGGGCGCCGACCCUCCGGUCUCCUCUCCAGCCCUCCACGCCUUUGUCACCGCGCCCGCGGGGUGCCGGGUAGAGACCGAGCCCUCGCGAGCGUCAGACAACCGCGCAGGUCCAGCGGCCUGGCCGAGGGCGCCAGAGGGGGCCAUGUCUUACCAGGGCAAGAAGAGCAUCCCGCACAUCACCAGUGACCGGCUCCUCAUCAAGGGUGGGCGAAUCAUCAACGAUGACCAGUCCUUUUACGCCGAUGUCUACUUGGAAGAUGGACUUAUAAAACAAAUAGGAGAGAACUUGAUUGUUCCUGGUGGAGUGAAGACCAUUGAGGCCAAUGGACGGAUGGUCCUUCCUGGAGGGAUUGAUGUCAACACGUACCUGCAGAAGCCCUCUCAGGGCAUGACGGCUGCCGACGACUUCUUCCAAGGGACCAGAGCAGCGCUGGCAGGCGGGACCACAAUGAUCAUUGACCAUGUUGUUCCUGAACCUGGAUCCAGCCUGUUGACCUCCUUUGAGAAGUGGCAUGAAGCAGCUGACACCAAAUCCUGCUGUGACUACUCCCUCCAUGUGGACAUUACAAGCUGGUAUGAUGGUGUUCGGGAAGAGCUGGAGGUGCUGGUACAGGACAAAGGUGUCAACUCCUUCCAAGUCUACAUGGCCUAUAAAGAUCUCUACCAAAUGUCCGACAGCCAGCUCUACGAAGCCUUCACCUUCCUCAAGGGGCUGGGGGCUGUGAUCUUGGUCCAUGCCGAAAAUGGAGAUUUGAUAGCUCAGGAACAGAAGCGCAUCUUAGAGAUGGGCAUCACGGGUCCUGAGGGCCAUGCUCUGAGCCGACCUGAAGAGCUGGAGGCCGAGGCUGUGUUCCGGGCUAUCACCAUCGCAGGCCGGAUCAAUUGUCCCGUGUAUAUUACCAAGGUCAUGAGCAAGAGUGCGGCCGACAUCAUCACCCUGGCCAGGAAGAAAGGCCCCUUAGUUUUUGGGGAGCCCAUUGCAGCCAGCCUGGGGACUGAUGGCACCCACUACUGGAGCAAGAACUGGGCCAAGGCAGCAGCAUUUGUGACCUCCCCGCCCCUGAGCCCGGACCCCACCACCCCUGACUACUUGACCUCUCUGCUGGCCUGUGGGGACCUGCAGGUCACAGGCAGCGGCCACUGUCCCUACAGCACUGCCCAGAAGGCGGUGGGCAAGGACAACUUCACGCUGAUCCCCGAGGGCGUCAACGGGAUAGAGGAGCGGAUGACCGUCGUGUGGGACAAGGCAGUGGCUACUGGCAAGAUGGAUGAGAACCAGUUUGUGGCCGUCACCAGCACCAAUGCAGCCAAGAUCUUUAACCUGUACCCAAGGAAAGGGCGGAUUGCUGUGGGCUCAGAUGCCGACGUGGUCAUCUGGGACCCAGACAAGAUGAAGACCAUAACAGCCAAAAGUCACAAGUCGGCCGUGGAGUACAACAUCUUUGAAGGCAUGGAGUGCCACGGCUCCCCGCUGGUGGUCAUCAGCCAGGGCAAGAUCGUCUUCGAGGAUGGAAACAUCAACGUCAACAAGGGCAUGGGCCGCUUCAUCCCGCGGAAGCCUUUCCCCGAAUACCUGUACCAACGUGUCAGGAUCAGGAAUAAGGUUUCUGGAUUGCAAGGCGUUUCCAGAGGCAUGUACGACGGCCCAGUGUACGAGGUGCCAGCUACACCCAAAUAUGCCACCACUCCUGCCCCGUCAGCCAAGUCCUCGCCGUCCAAACACCAGCCCCCGCCCAUCAGAAACCUCCACCAGUCCAACUUCAGCUUAUCAGGUGCCCAGAUAGAUGACAACAAUCCCAGGCGUACCGGCCACCGCAUCGUGGCGCCCCCUGGUGGCCGCUCCAACAUCACCAGCCUCGGUUGAACGCAGACGCGGGGAGGAGCUCCAGUGAAGGCUUCUUGGAAUAAUGUCCAUUCCUUUUCCUGUCAGUGUUUUUGAAACCCAGUUUUAUUUGGUACUGAUGGGGGGAAAUUGAACGACGUCCUUUCCUUUGGUUUAGGGAGAAGUGGUAUAGUGUGGUGUGUUUGCUUGGAAAUCCCUUGCCCACAGUGUGUUCAUGCCAAGUCCACCUCAGAGCAUGGUGUUUCCGUUUCCCUUCCUAGUGGCCCACGGGCUUUAGCAUCGUCUCGUACUGUCCCUUCCACUUCCACUCCGCUGGCUCCAUGAUUCUGAGUGGUGGCUCCUUUGCAUCCUCGUAGCUGUUCUAGGAUAGUUGAUGCAUGUAACUAAGUUAUGUAUGCAAGUCUAUGAGUGCGUCCGAUGGAACGUCGCCACUGACGUAGACGCGAUGCCAAGACCUCAAGCCCUCAGAGGCAACUCCAAGACUCUGAGAAUGAAGAUGUUUACUCAUUGCCCCCACCCCGAGUCUACACUAGGAUGAAGCCCGUCCCACCCCCUCCCACCCCCCUUGAGAUGGUCUGGGAGUUCCCAGAGUGGCAGGGGAAGCCUUCUACUUGGUUGCAGAGAAACAUCACCACGUCCUGUGUCAGAAACCCUGGUCUCUGUGGCACUGUAACCCGCCAUGAUGUCUUUCUGGUCUGUGCGUGUUCUCCCAGCCAGCGCUGGGCUUCGGACCAAGCCAUGUUCACACUCAGCGAGGGGUCUCCCUACCCCCAUCCAGGGCUGACGACGGUGGGGUGACAGCUGCUCCCGGGUGGCCUGAGUCCUGGUUCCCUCCGAGACAGCUGACGGGGCAGUCAGAUUUUUACAGUUUUGUACAAAGUUUUCCUUUGUAAUCACCCCCAUUUUUACUUAAUGACCGACUUGUGGUGGCUCUUACUUCUGAAUUCAAAGCUUGUGAAAAAAUAAAGAAAAUAAACUGCC